AUGGGCAUUGUCUACAAUGAAAACAUCAUGAACUGCUCCGUCUAUGCGUUCCAAGCUCGUAAAACAAUCGAUGAGCCAGAUUUUCGAGUGAUGGGCCAUCUAACAGAGCUCGGCAAUGUAAAGAAACUAUCUCCAUCACUUUUUUUCGAAAUUAAGUUCUUUUUUUAUCCAGACCGUCACGAUACUAGCCUAAUGAACAUGAUUUGCAAUUUCUUGCCACAUGAGGCCGAAGCUGUCCGAAUCUUUGUGUCUUUCUCCGCAGUCAACGCUGUCCGAAAUGAGGCCUUGAACUGCCCAUUCUUGCAGGAAUUGAACCAUCCUGAGUUGAUGAGAGCUGUGCGAACCUACUUCACCAUUGCGACAGAAAUGGGAAAACGACCAUACUACGCACAGACAAAUUAUGACAACUUCGUACGAAAUGAAGAUCCCGUUCACCCAUCAUUUCGGGUUCUCUUCGUCAGAAAGCCACCAAUCGCCAGAGAAAAUAAUGACGUUCAGGAAAAUGUCCAUCAAAAAAAUUCUUGCAUGUGCAAUAUUAUGUGA